GGGAACGGUCCACCGACGUGCCGAGCGGCAAGAGGAGGGAGCCGUGGGGGGGGGGGGGGGGACGUCUCUCAAACAACACUGAGCCCAUUGUGACCAAUCAAAGUCGGGAGACGGGACCGAAAAGCCGCACUUCCUGGCGCAAGCGGCCCACGAGGAAUUCUUUCGGGGCGCCCGAGUCUCUUGCAUUGACAAAUCACAUGUCCGGAACAACUCCCUGUUCGCAGCACAUAUGGAGACAAAUGGAGCCGUCUCCAGUUGAUGUCAGGGCACGGUUCGACGACGACCUGCCAUGGGGCUUUUCUGGACACCAACUCGGAACUGGAAAACCACAUGUGACGUCAAGGCCUCCUCCCCCGAAAAUGGUGGCGCCAUCUCCCGGCCGAGGCGGGUCAUCGCCGACGAGCUGCGUCGCCGACGCGUGACGCGUGACGCGGGGCGUGGCCCGCGGCAACAGGUCGAGCGGGAUGAACAAUUGAGGGAAGAAGUUGCACCUGGACGAGCGACGACGAGGCCCACGCCAUGGCUGUCAACAAAUGCAUCAAGUAUCUCCUCUUCAUUUUCAACCUUCUCUUCUGGCUGAGCGGCUGCAUCAUCCUGGGCGUGUCCAUCUACCUGAAAGUCAACAAGGACGGCAACAGGAUCACCAGCCAGUCCCUGCCGGGCGUCGACCUCCUCAUCGCCGUGGGCGUCAUCGUCAUGCUCUUGGGGUUCCUCGGAUGCUGCGGCGCCAUCAAGGAGAACCGAUGCAUGCUCAUCCUGUUCUUUGCCAGCCUGCUCCUGGUCUUCAUCCUCCUGCUGGCUGCCGGGAUCGUGGGCGCCGUAGCGGAGAAUAAGGUGAAGGAGUGGGUGAAGGAGCGCCUGCAGAAGUUCAUGCCGCUCUCCGCUCAUCCCGAGAUCAGAGAGGACCUGGAGAGACUCCAAAGAGAGCUGGGGUGUUGCGGCCUGGUCAACGGGGCGUCCGACUGGGACGUCAUCCCGGACUCGUGCCGAUGCUCUGCCUCCGACCCGCAAUGCGGCCCCGACAAAGUCUACGCCGCGCCGUGCUCCGCUCGGAUCGUCCGCCUGUUGGAGAAAAACAUGGAGGUGGUCAUCGGCAUCGCCUUCGCCAUCGCCGUCCUGCUGAUCGCCGGCAUGGUCUUCUCCAUGAUCCUGUACUGUCAGAUCACCAAGCGAGACGGCGCCACCGCCGCCUGAACUCCGAAACGACAUCAACCGACGUCCCGGCGCGCUUUGAUACCGAAGGGACUCUUUGGGCCCACCGCACGUCGGCAAAGAUUAUUUUUUUUAAUUCUUUUUACCGAGCGGCACCGCUCCUGACAAAUUUGACGUCCAAAUCUCAUUGGAAGAAUGGAAAGCUUUUUUUUUUUCCCCUCUUCUCUUCCAAAUUGACGUUGCUGGAACAAGUUCAUCUCCCCUCUGUACUUGUUUGUAUUCCAGAAUAUAACAGGAAUCCCAAUUGUGA